UAAAUAUAAUUAGCGAACAAAAAUUUGAAUUUUCUUUUUUCACCUGCUUAUUUUUGCAUAUCAUACAUAUUUAAACAGGUGGAUGCGGCAUUUUCUUUGCGUCGGAAAUGUGUUAAAGCUUCAUCUGAAAAAUCCUUUACCUAAUGGAAUGACACUUCAUUGUCUGGGAAUGACGCGCUCUACAUAAUUCAAUUUUUUUCACCCACUUCUUGUUCAAAGAGGCUGCUAGUGUGGCAAUUCUACUUUACAGUAUUUUCUACUGGGGGUCAAAGUGCGGAGUCACAUUAAUUUAAUUUCGUUGUAAACAAUAGCCGAGUUGGCGUUUGAUGUCGACAAGUUUGCUCGAUAAUUCCGAAUAACUUUGAAACAACAGCACGAAAACACUUUCCUUACUUGCGCAUAAUAAUCAACUUAAUGAUUUGUUUUGGAGAACGUUAUUGUAAGAAUUGGCUUUUCCGGGCCGUGAAGUACCCGGGAUUACAUUUAACGUGGGGAUUUGGUUUUUAAUUAAAAACAUUGUUGGGUCUAAAUGAAUAUCGAAAUCGAGAAUAUUUGUCGUGGUCAUGAAUCAGGUAAUCAUGAGGUAAUGGUUUGUGAAAAAUAAAUCCACUCGCUUCCCGGAUAAAAUUUUGAUUCUAUUUCCCGCCCAGAACACGGUUAAUAAGAGUAAAAAUCUGCAUAAGUUAUUAAAAGUUUGCCCGGAACCGUUGGGCAAAUUUAGCGUGCAAGAAUAGCUUGUGAAUGCAACGAAGUUUGGAUGUCAUCAAAGUUUGCGUGACAAAAUAUCGAAUAUUACAUGAAAAGUGAUUAUUUACAAGCCGUUAAAACAACCACGACCAAGUUGAAUCGUCGCGCGGAGAAGGGUCGCCUGGACUAAUUAGAUUCGAGUAUCUCGAUUUAUUACCCCAAUUGUGUUUGUUUAGUCGGAAAGGUCCGUGUUUUCUGAUGGUACGCCGCGUUUAUCAAUUUUCCACGGACGUUGUUGUGAUUUUCCAGCGAAGACGCACUCUUGACUCGAUAAAGUCGGGAAUUAAAUCAGAUUGGUGAGGUGGAUGUGCACGGUUCAUUUGUUGCAUUCAGGGUGGCUGUUGGUAAUGUUGUGCGUUGAUGCCUUUAUUGGCCGACGACACAGCCUGUGAUGCGACUGCUCACGUGGAACUCCCUCAUCAUGUUCGACAUCGUGUUCGUGUUCUUCUUGUUCCUGGUGGGGGUCACCUGUCUCGUGUACUACCUGCCGGGGAGGCGACCCGAACCUGAAGACCGACCUCUGCAGUGCUACGUUACCGUCACGUCGGCGGACGUCCAAGGGUCGCCUGUUGAUCACGUCUAGAAAAUGGCCACAUGUCCAGGUCCCGCAUCAAAGAAGCUCGUCUUCAUGGGGGUCCAAGCUUGGGCCAACUCUUGACGGCACGUCCCUCGGGCCUUACGGAGCCCGAGUGUUGGGCUAUCUUGUGUCAAGCCGUUCAAGCACUGCAGGAUUUAUUCUUAUCUGAUGGUGCCUCAGGUGAUUCAUGCAUUCCUUUGGUAACACCCUCUACCCUCAUACUGUCAUCCAGAGGAAGGGUGAAACUAUGCCAGAGCAGCACAGUGUUUGGAUGUGGUCCCCCAGCACACCUGGCAGGUUAUUUAGCGCCUGAAUACAGGCCUAACAAACAGUGCUCUGACACGGAGACGGAAAAGAUGUGGAUAUUCGCCCUGGGGGAAACUCUGAAAAGGGUUACUUUAACGAGCCAUUCUGCCACUUUACGAUUGAGUAAUGAACUGUAUCAAGUGCUGGUUGACAUGACCAAAGUGCACGUGGCUGCCAGGGCGUCUCUCAUGUAUCUAUUAGAGGUUAUUUCUGACUACUGUAAACGCCGCCAACAGAACAGGCCUUUUUCCCACAUCGUGAUGGAUUUGCAUCAGGAAGCAAUGGCAGCCGUAGAGUUAGCCCUCGACACUCCUUGGGGACCCCCAGCUAUGCCAGAAUUGCGUCCCAGAACCAGAAACAGUGAGUCGAACGCGGACGGCAUCGGCACCAUCCCCCGGCGCUGGAUCAGCCUGACGCGCCCCCAGGACCCCGUCCCCAAGCUGACAAAAGAAGCCAGCACCAGCAUGGAGGACCUGUCUUUUUCCAUCCCAAUUUCGAACGCCCCCGGCUCGCUCGUGCGCCCCAAAUCGAUGUGUGUGCCUGACAUGCGAUACUUUAACAAUGAUCUACCUAAGGAUUUUCAAUUUUGCGCGAGUGCGACGAACAGAUUGAGUGAUUUGGCCGCCGGUUCGGGCCCCAAACUGAGUCGCGCCGAGCGUCUGGACGGCGGCAGCAGCGGCAGAAGGCCCAGAAUGAGGCGCAAUCCGGUGCAGCGGGCGGCCUCCAGACUCUACCGGGCCAGUGUGGACGUUGACAGCGCCAGGGACUGCGUAGGGCCGGAGUUCGUUGUAAGGGCGUCGCUGCCCAGUAAGCAGAUUACCAUGCCCGAUUUCAAAGGACAAAAGAAACAUGUGACGGUUAUCAUGUUGAAUGGGCAGAAAGUUGACGUUCUCUGCAAUCCGAAUACCACCACUGCCGGACAACUGUUCGAGGCAAUAAUCCAGAAAGAACACAUCGAAGAGAACUUUAUGCUGGGCCUUUCGGCACUGAUAGCCGGCGAUUUUGUUUUUCUACCCUCAGACACACGAAUUUGCAAGGCGGUGCAAGCUGGCAAUGCGCAAAAUGCGACUCUGACUUUAUUCAUGCGAGUUCGCUUCUUUCUGCCAAGUCUUCGAGGGAUUAGAGGAUCACAAGCCCGUCAUUUGCUGUAUUUGCAAUUGAGACGGUCGAUUUUAGAACACCAAUUGCCAUGUUCUUUCUCUCAGCUCAUCGAACUGGACGGACUUGCCUUGCAGGCGGAGUUCGGGAAUUAUGGCGAAAGGGAGCACGGGGCUCGGGAUUACUUCCUGUUGGAACAUUACGUUCCUGAGACCAUGUCGUGCGCGAUUGAUGAUCAGUAUGGCUUGCGACAAGAAUUGAUCAGGUCUCAUAUAUCUAAACGGGGAUUAAGUGCGGAAAAGGCUGAGCAGGACUUUAUUAUCCUUGCCCAAAGUCUUCCCCAUUACGGUGGACAUUUUUACACAGCAACUUGGAUGUUAAAAGACAAUAAUCAUAAAGACGUUUGGCUGUAUAUCAGCGCCCAAGGGAUAAAUCUAUACGAACGUGACAGAUCAACAAGCAACUGUGGACCACAAUUAUACGAAAUGUUCGAAUGGCGAAGCAUUCAAACUUUGUGCUACAGCAAACAAUACUUAUGCAUCCUUCCGCAUUCGAAAAUUCUACACUCGUCGAAAUUAAAGAAAUAUAAGCUGAAAAUGGACCAUAAAAAGAGUUAUUUCACUUUCCGUCUCGCUUCAUUACACCACCAAUUUUUCCUGCGUCUCCGCACUGAAUAUACGUCGCUCCAGACGCUCUCGCAACAAUUCGGCAUCCCGCUCAAAGACAUGAAAAAUGAAACAAACUCUUUGUGCAAAUUAGAAGCACUAACAAACCCAAAUUACAUGGCUUUGGACCAGUCGACAGUGAACGCCGAGACGGAGUUCAAAAUCGAAUUCCGAGCCUCUUCGAAAUGUAGCAGUAAUAAAGCCUCAAGUGAGAAUAAAUGCCGGAGAGCGAAAAGUGUGAGCGACGAUAUCAAUGAAGACUAUCAAAAUAAGGAAAACGAGCAUCCUUCCGAUAGAAACAGCUCGGGAUUAGUCCUUGAUAGUUGUUAUCUAUCAGGGCUGGGAAAUAUAAAUCCCGAUAAGAGGCGAGGAGUUAAAAUGGGGACUAGGAUGUUCAGCAACAUUGGACCUCGAGUGUCGAGAUCUAUGGAGGCAAUGAAUGCGCCAAGUCACGAGUAUUUGGAAGAGAUGUCGUUGCAAUCAGUCUCUCUACAUUGCAGUUCGACGUCGAUAUCACGGUCCCCAACCGCGGAGUGCCUCCCAACGAACGAGGCCUAUAUUAUAGAUUCCUCGGUGAAGUCGUGCGCCAACCCGUUUCUGCCCGACUUCCAAGAGAGUUUAAGUGAGACUUUACUCAACAAACUGAAUAACAUUUCGUUCGAAGAGGAGCGCAUUUUAUCGACCGUUUCAGUGGAGCGGGACUGUAAGGGUAGUUUGGGGCUGCAGAUAACAGAGGGCUCCGACGGCAACGUCUACAUCCAGUCGGUGAUCUUAGGCGGCCCUGCCCACCUAAGUGGGAAUAUAUUGAGCGGUGACCAAGUGGUUGCUGUAGACGGCCAAAGUCUCUUAGGGAUGAAAUACAAGAAUGCCUUAAACUUGCUAACAAAUACAGGGCGAAAAGUGGAAUUUGUGCUAUCGCGAAUUGCGCCCUCCAGGCAGUCGACUUUGCGUAUUGGCGACGCUAAAGUGAACUUAUCCAACAUCAGCGAAUCGCACUUGAAGUCGCUCCGCCUGGAGAACACCAUGAACAAACUCAAGCGCCUAUCGUACCCCAAUAACAACAGGGUUCUAGUUGGUAGUCCGGUCGAGAAACACGUGACGGAGAGUUGCCUCGAUAUUUCCAAUUUUCACAAAUAUGGGUCUAGUAAUACUUCAACGGAAGUGCCAUAUCAUAAACAUAUCCGCUAUGAAAUCGAGCCCGAGACCGAGAAUGUGAUGGCGAGGAAGAAUCUGCCGCAGAGCCAAAGCAAUACUCCAGUGACGAGUCUGAAUAAAAAUAUUUCCAAGUCGUGCAAUCACAUCUAUGAUGAGGCGGACAGAGCGGUUGUGGUGGAUGUGAUACCCAAGAACGGGGCCAACUCGAGGUCACUCGAUCGCAAACUUGGCAAAAGUUGCGCCCAGGAAGAUAAUAAAUGCAAACCUACUAUACCGCCUAUAGCGCUACCUCGAAGUCUAGGACUCAGCAGGAAGUGGAGGGGGCCCGUCAGGUACCCCGUAACACCAGUGAAAAAAACAAUCGGGGGUGACCUGGACAAUCACACCAAUUACUUGUCCAACUCAGACGACGACCAAGUUUUUAUUUAGUUUUACGUCAAACUGCGGCAGAUUAAUUUUUUUACAAUUACAAACUUCUUUGAAAACUUUCCUCAAAUUUCUUGUUAAUUGAAGAUAUUUUAAUGACCUGGGUGCACAUUCAAACAUUCUCUAGCGUUUAAAUUAUUAGUUCUAAAAAUUUGGAAUUAGAUAUGUUUCUCCUAGUCUGUCUUUUGGCCUUUUUCAAUGUGUUUGUUCCUUGAAAAUGUUUUUUAUAAUGAAUAUAUUCGUUCUUCUCAUGCAAAAAUUUAGUUCGACAGAGUAAAAAUGAAGAUGCUUCGAGCGUUAGAUCAUCUUGCGUCUAAAGUGACCAAAUCAAACUGACGAUUAAAAUUUUACCGACACAUAUGAGAAAAAAUAUGAAUGUGGGAAAGAAUGAAUAAAUAAAAAUUCCAAGUUGUUUUUUCGUGUGUUGGUCACGUCAUUGUCAGAUUUUGUGUCAAAAUGGUCGAGUGUGAUGAAGGCAAGCCUUCGGCAAAAAAGCCCAAAGCAAAGCCGGCGCCAGUUUCCAAAAAUGCGCCGCUUUUGGAAUUUCCGCAUUUCCUCCGCAUGAUCGGCCCCAAGCACAUUCGAGUGUUGAUGGCGUUCGUGCCAAGUGCGAUCUGUUACACUUUCACUUCGUUGAUUCUCGUUACGUACAUGUCCGAAUGGAAAACUGUCCUCCAGUAUUUCCCCUACUACAAUGGGAAAUACCAGACGGAAGAGACAAGCCAGAGUGCAAACGAGGGAGAGGAGGAGGCUACAUAAUCAAAUAUUUCGUUAACUUGUAAUUGAAACAAUAAAUUCGAAUACUGAACAAAGCUUUGCAUUGUGAUAUUAGGAGUAAAACCCGAAAGUAAUUGAAGUAAGUGUAAUUAACAUCAGAAGAGACCAAAAUGAAAUAUCGCGCAUAUUUCGAAAUAUUAGAGCUUCCGUAGUUAAAUGUCAAGUGCCGAAUACACACAUAAUCUUGUAUCAAUAAGUAACCGUGUUAAAGUACUACCGUGUUUAAUUUUUUAUCAUUUGCUCCAGUGAUAAGUAUCCCAAGAAUUGUAAAUAUCGUUCGCUGAAAACACAAACCGACGAGUGAUUUGAUAACAUGUAGGUGUAAGUCUCACUGUGAAUAUUCCAUACUUGAUUUUUAUUUAAUGUGACUCGAUAAUAAUACAUUUAAUAAUACUAAUAAAAUUAGGGGGGAAGGAGGACCCAGAUUUUGGACAAACUGAGGUGCUUUCACCCUCCUUCACCUCUAACUGUUUUUGUCACCAUAUUUGUGAUGCUAUGUUAGUUAGGACGCUAUUUAGUAUGGCCAUUGUACGACUGUGCCUAAACAUAAUUUUAUAACAGUCUGAUUAUCACUUACACAAUUACUGCAUAGCAUUAUGUUAGACUAAGCAUAUUGUACUGACCAUGUUAGAAUAAAAAAUCAAAAACAAA